AAAAACCAGACCAUGGACCUCCUUCUCUCUCUCCUCCGCCUUUCCCUUCUCUCUCCACUUUUUCUCUCAUCCGCCGCCGCGCCUUCUCCGACAAACGCAACCAACGGUUCGACAUGUCCGACGGAGCUCAACUACGUAUCGAGAAUCGCAUGGAACAAAACGACUUGCCGUAACUACCAACCGCCGAAAACCAAAACCUCCACAUUCGACUACACCGAAAUCCCCUGUUGCCAAACGCUCUUGUCCCUCUUCGGGAUAGCUCUGGCCCAGCACCUGAAGGAGACUUCCCAAUUCAAUCUCCCAAACACCCCCACUUCCAUCUCCUGCAUGAACGACUUCCAGUCCACGCUUACCUCUCUUUCUCUCUCCAAAAGCCUCUCCUUCUCAAACGACGUUGUUUUCUACUGCUUCGAGCCACAGCAGUUCGUCAUGUCGAACAACACCUGCGCAAGAAUCGAGACCACUCAGGAUUGGGUGAGGCAGCUUGGGGAAACGACGGUGUUGGAUUCUGCUUGUAGGUCUGACCUGACAAUUGGGACCAACUGCGACAGCUGCGUGGCGGCCGGGACGAAGGUCCGGGCCGAGUUGACCUCCAUUGACGGUAAUAGCUCUCACUCCAGAGAUUGUUGGUAUUACACUAUUCUUUAUGCUGCUGGGAUUGUUAAUGAGUUUGGUCCCGAGAGUAAUAGUGCUGUGUCUUGUAUUUUUGGGUUGACUUUGGAUUCCCAUGUGGGGUCCACUAGUAAGAUCAAUGCGCCUCUUGUUUUUGGGUUAACUGGAGCUGGGAUGGCUGUUUUUGUAAUGUUUAGCUUGUUGGGGUUGUAUCUUUGGUAUGAUAGGAGGUGGAGAGGAAAAAGAAGAGGAGGAGGAGGGUUUGGUAUGGAGGGGGAACUGGAACAACAACAAGGGACUAGGCCUAGAGUGAGGCCGAAUACGGGUUCAAUUUGGUUUAAGAUCGAGGAGCUGGAGAAGGCGACGGCGAAUUUUUCGCAGAAGAAUUUCAUUGGGAGAGGCGGGUUUGGGAUAGUUUACAAAGGGGUUUUGGCGGAUGGGAGUGUGGUCGCGGUCAAGAGGAUUGUAGAGUUGGAUUUCGAAGGGGAUGGAGAGUUUUGCAAUGAGGUUGAGAUCAUUAGCAAUUUGAAGCACCGGAACCUUGUUCCGCUGAGAGGGUGUUGUGUGGUUGAUGGGGAUGAGAAUUAUGAGAGGGAGAGCCAGAGGUAUCUGGUUUAUGAUUAUAUGCCAAAUGGGAAUCUGGAUGAUCAUUUGUUUCCUCCAUCAGAUGGUCGGAGUGGAGUUGAGAGGCAAAGGUUGACAUGGCCUCAGAGGAAGAGUGUUAUCUUGGAUGUGGCAAAGGGGUUGGCAUAUUUGCAUUACGGAGUGAAGCCGGCAAUAUACCACAGAGAUAUUAAGGCCACAAAUAUACUGCUGGAUGCUGAUAUGAGAGCGAGAGUGGCAGAUUUCGGACUUGCGAAGCAGAGCAAGGAAGGCCAGUCCCAUCUUACAACUAGAGUGGCUGGGACUCAUGGCUACUUGGCUCCUGAAUAUGCUCUUUAUGGACAGUUGACCGAGAAGAGCGAUGUUUAUAGCUUCGGGGUUGUUGUUUUGGAGAUCAUGUGCGGAAGGAAAGCUCUCAAUUUGUCAUCCUCUGAGUCACCAAGAGUGUUUCUGCUCACUGAUUGGGCGUGGUCAUUGGUAAAAGCUGGAAGACUAGAGGAGGCUUUGGAUUCUUCAUUGCUGAAAGAUGGGGAUUCAGUAAACUCCAACCCUAGGAGCAUUAUGGAGAGAUUUGUGAUGGUUGGGAUUUUGUGUGCUCAUGUAAUGGUGGCUUUAAGGCCUACUAUUUUAGAAGCACUGAAGAUGAUGGAAGGAGAUAUUGAGGUUCCUCCAAUUCCAGAUAGGCCAAUGCCUCUCGGGCAUCCUUCGUUCUACAGUGACUUUAGUACUUUCAGCAUAUCUCCUGCUUUAAGCGGACCACAAUUACACACCGGAGACAUGCUCAGGUAAUUAAAAAAAAAAUCAGUGAGUUUUUUGCAUAUUGCCCAGAGGGAUCAUAAGAGGUAAGAGGCCAUGUUUGCCAAAGGCCCUUCCCUGAGUUAAUUUGAGGCAUUUGAUCAAGGCAUUAAAUACAGAUAACACUUCAUUUUGAUCUCAAAACUAUGAGGUCAGCAUUCUAGUCUGCCAAUGUAGAAUAGGACUUUAGUGCCUUGUAGAUAAUUGCCACUGCUUGAUGUUCUUGUAUAUAUAAACAAUUUGUUUUGAGGCUUGGAGUUUGUAUGGCAAAAUUGGAAAAACGGGAGAUAUGGGAACGAGGAAAAUGGUAUCCUUUCCAUUUGCAUUUAACCGGGCUUUUUACAGUGGGGAGAUUCUAGGGUGGGGCGCUUUCACUGCAGCGCCCAUAGGGGCCAUUGAUCAUGGCAGUAAAAAGAUUUAAAUCAAACGGUUCGUCUUGGAUGGUGCUGGAACCGUGCGACGAUUAUCUAGGAUGCGACUUUACGUCCAUUUUACAAGUGUCGUUUGAUUUGAAUCAUAUGGUAAGGUCAAUGUUUCCACGUAGAUGGAGAGGAACGGAGACCGGGUAUUGAAACAACCACCUUGAUAUAUGAAAGGCUUCUAGUUUCCUUCAUCUAUUGAUCGAAUUGUCUAGUCAGAAGUUUAGUAGAAAAAGACAUUUACAAGAGCUCGAUGUGAUCUUGGUGCUAACUAGAUAGAUAUUUAGCUGUUGGAAGUUUAAAGACAUUGGAUGGUGUUCCUUUCAAUGAAUGUUAAGAACUGCUUUUAUGUAGUUUAGAUAGCCGUUUUAUUUUUAAAUUGUAACAGCAAAGAUUCAUGCCUAUGCAUACCACAGGUUUAUUGGAGAGUUUUAAAGCACUUCAGUGGAGAUUGCUUAUUUUGAAGAUUCGGAAUUUUUAUUCCCCCUCUCUCUCUCUCUCUUAAUGUAGGAGUUAUGUAGUACACUGAAUUAUAGUAUAUGUAUAAAAAUAGAAUCUCAACAUAUAUACAUUCAUACAGUAUACACUUACAGACACAUAUAAACACCCGUACAAGUAUUACCUUGUUAUGAAACCACAGCAGGACCUGUUGAAUGUUUUUGGGGCUUCUUUUUUAAGGAUACAUAAACUAGAAAGAUACCAGUUGUAAUCGAGUAAUUGGCAAUGAUAAUACUCCUUAAAUUUGUGUCU